AUGCUUGGCUCAGUAACCAUUAUAACCAUGUCGACUCCCCAAACACGAUUAGAGGUAAACCAAGCCCUCGAAAUCCAAGGCUUGAAGCGCACCGGAGAUGAGAAGAAUCUCGUGGGUUGGGCUGCCAUGAACCCCCGCCAUCCGCGGAAUUGGAGCAGUUCGAGGAAGGCGUAUGAUGUUUCAAUUAUCAUCUUCUUGGAAUUUUAUACCUGCCAAAAGUGCACAGGGCCACUUUGGGAUUGGCGAGACCCUGUCUGUGUUUCUAUACAUAUCAACGUAAGUAUGCUUCUUUAUGGUUCCAAGCUUAGGAGUACGGAUUACGGGAAAUGCUUACCAGAUAAAAUAAAAAGAUAUCUUCUCGCGCAAGGUAUUGGCAGUAUAGUAUUACCCCCUUACUCUGAAUGCUACGGUCGAAAGAAGCUGUACGUGGGCAGCACUGCAUUAUACAGUAUAUUCUGCGUGUUGAUUUCGGCAGCGGAGUUGCCUGCUGCAGGCGCUAUAGGGCGCCUCAUCACAGGCUUUUUAUCUGCGGUCCCGAGCGCUGUCAUCAAUGGCAGCAUGCAAGAUAUGUUUGACACUAGGGAGCUGAUAUGGCUUACGCUGCCGUAUAUGGGCAUGGCGAAUUUGGGAAUCGCAAUGGGACCGGUGAUGAGUGCAUAUAUCACUGCUGUUUGGGGGUGGAAAUGGGUUUUCUAUGUGGCCGCCAUAGUCACCGGAAUCCUAACCAUCCUGCUACUCGCGAUUCGUGAAUCCCGCCCAACUGUUUUGCUGACACAGGAGGUUCGGCACCUGCGUCGCAUCACUGGCGACCAUUCUCUACAAGCACUGAACCCAGAUAAAGUCCUAGACGUCCGGUCGUUUGCGCGCAAAUUCGCCUUCCGACCAGCUCAGCUCCUUUUCACAGAGCCUAUCAUCGCAGCAGUCUCAAUCGUGUGCGGCAUCUCAACUGGGCUUAUCUACCUGUUUACAGACAUCCUGCCCGGCGUUUAUAGAUCGUUCGGUCUCACAUCCACGCAAGCCAGUCUCCCCUUCCUAGCCCUCGGCUUCGGGUUCCUUCCCAACUUUGGUACCCGCUUUCUGGAGUACCGCAAAACAGCACGCCGGCGCCAGCGUGGUGAACGCGUUAUCCCCGAGCACAAACUAACCGGGUACAUCAUUGCCGCACCGGUGCUCAUGACCGCGCUGUGGUGGUUCGCAUGGACGAUCCCACCAGCGGUGCAUGUGCAUUACUUUGCGUCUGUGGUGCCGCUGUUCCUGACCGGGUUCGCGAUUAAUGAGUUCGGCAUCGUGCUGGUCGGAUACAUGUCGGACAGCUAUCGGUCAUACUCGGCUAGUGGAUUUGCAGCGCUGGGUCUGGUGCGCUGUAUGUUGGCGGCUUCGUUUCCGUUGUUUUCUGGGCGGAUGUUUAGUGGGCUAGGGCCAAAUAGAGCGAUGUGUGUUCUGGCUAGUCUGGCCACUGGGUUUUGUUUCUUGUCACCUGUACUGAGGAUAUAUGGGGAACGUCUGAGGAAGGCGAGCAAGUUUGCUGCGCACUGUGUGGAUGUUGACGCGGAGAAUACAUGUGAGCGGACAUGA